AUGAAACUACUCAUUGUUUUAUUGGUAAUACCUCUGAUAUUUUUUGUUUCUGAAUUAGAUGCAAGAAAAAAGGAUAAAAACUUGAAAGUUACUGUAGCUGAUGAAAUUCCAUCUCCUCCUGUGACUAGUUCUAAUUCCAAAAAGAAUUCGAAAAAAUCAGCUGCAAAAGAAGUUGUUAAGGUAAGCAUAACAUAUUAUUUUGCGAAAAUCUAUUUUGUUAUUCAGCCAGUCAGUUCAUCUUCCCAAAAACAUAAAGACGAUGAUAAUUCGAUUGAUGAUGUUGAUGAAGAUCGAAUUGAUGAGAUUUUGAGAGAUGCUUCCAAGAAUCUUGUUAUCUUUUUAUGUAAGUAGUACUCAGAUCCUUUUCUCAAAUAACUUUUAUAAUUUGAAGAUGACGGAAAAGUUCCAUGCCCAACAUGUAAUGAAGCACUUUCUGAAGUUGAAGAAAUUGAUGAUGAUAUUGAAGCAACUGGUUAUGUUCAAGUAGUUAAAACUGAUGAUAGAAGUGUUGCUCGUGAACUUGGUAUUAAUACAUUCCCAGCUCUUGUUUAUUAUCGUCGAAAAAAUCCAAUUCUUUAUGAUGGAGAUUUCAAAGAUUCCGAAACUUUAUUGAGAUGGUUGAGAGCACAUGAAGAAGUUGCCACGUGGGAUUUGACAGAUGAUACUUUUGAAACAAGAACUGAUUCUCAUAGUCCAGAUGAAGGUGCGAUUGAUUGGUUUGUGAUGUUGUAAGUGAACUCAAAAUAAUUGAAAAUUUUCAAACAAAAUGUUUUUAUAGUUAUGACGCUGAUGAAGGAUCAAGUAAUGCAUUUGUACCAUUGUGGGAAACAGUUGCACACAAGUGAGUUCUAAAAAAAACAUUGGAAAAAUAUGAUGGUAAUUUUCCAGACUCCGUGGUCUUGUCAAUGUUGGAAAAUUGGAAGUUUCAGUCAGUGACGAUGUUAAAGAGAGAUUCCAUAUUGAAGAAAAUGAAGUACCAGUGUUUUUAUUGUAAGUUUAUGAGAAAAAUUACCAAAAAUAAUCAUGAAACUUCUCAGGUUCCAUCGCGGAAAAAUGUACCGAUACAAAGAUUCUGCUAAAGAUGUCAGAAGUUUGACAAAUUUUGCUUUGCACAAAUAUAAAGAACAAAGAGGACAUCGAGUUCCGGAACCACCAACUGCAAUUGAACAAGUUUAUGAAUAUGCCAAAGAAAAAUUUGUUGAUUUAUUGGUACGGGUAUCGUUUUUAUUUUUCUCACAAACAUCUAUUCUUGCAGGAUGACAAUCAAACUUUAUCGGUUAUUGGUGUUGGAGGUCUUAUUGUUAUUGUUGCAGUUACACUCAUCGUUAAAGCUUACCGUAUUCGAUCAGAAGCCAAAAAAACUGUUUAA